UUUAUUACUGAGGGAUAUUGCUGUUGUCUCAAGUGAUAUUAUUAAUCUCAGGUUGCUGCAAGGGAAUGACACUGCUGUAUGAGCAUAUAAGUGAAUGGCAUUCUUUUUUAUAUUGUUCCAAGUGCACAUUUGGUUCUUUAUGGCCCUUUUUAUUUCAUAUAUAUAUAUUCUCUGUUUCGAUACUUGGAAAGGUCAUACCUGUACAUAGGUUUUCUUUUUAAGUUUUGAGGUGCAAUUUUUAUGUUAGGGGCAUUUUUUUCAGGACGGAGAACAUUCUGUGAUCUUGUUUUAAUUGAGCAAAUGUAAAUUCAUUUCAUUGUUAGUACUUUCGACAAUGUUACUGUUUUCAUUUCAUUCAUUCAAUCGAGCAGCACUGGAACUGGUUUCGCCCUCAUCUUACGUGUAUUUUGAAUGAGGAUAUUUUCACAAUAUCAUGUUUCCAAAUGUCUGUGUUACUAUUUUGUAUAAGAGACACGUUCAUCCCACCUCCACGACCUUAAGUGGUUACUAGCCACAAUGCAGUUUACCCUUUCAUGACCGUUGACCUUAGUAUGGCCACACACGGUCAAGUGCAAUGAUGUUUAUAAGGUCAGAUAUAUUCUUAUUGUUCAAGACCUGAAGUGGCCCAAGCUAGAGUAUGAAUCAAACGUCAGACUUCCUCUGGCAUACUGCACUUAGGGAGAGGUUAUUCUAAGUAGUUAUCUGUGACUUGGUGUUAUUUUAGAAGUUCUUUGGCCUCUUCAGAUGUAGGACUGCCAGUGCUGCAUCCUUCACUUGUUGCCUAAUUUGUGCAAGGGCCUCUGUCCUAGCUCUUCGAUCUGAUCCCCCUUUCAAUGUAUUCUGGUCCCUGGACCCUGUUAAUUUAAAGGCAGAGUCCGCGAUAUGACGUCGCGAUAUGACGUAGACGCAUAAAGUAAACAGCAUAGUGGGUUAAUUUCCGCAACAACUAAGAGCGUUGGAGCGCAAUGCUAAACUUCUCCACUGUUUUGGUCCCGUGGCUACCACGUUGUAAGAGUGUGAUGCGAACCUUUGCGCAAGCGCAGAUACUAUUUGAGAGCAACAUUUUGCAUCAGGCUCAUCUUGUAUCUCACUCAUUGCAAUGUUGUCAUUUCGGUGAUUACCUUUAAGUGAAAUGUCAAAGUGCCUGUUUUGGCACUGGAGGCAGUGUUCUAUACUGAGAGGUGGUAGGGUACUUCGCCAAUUUGUUUGCCUUAUGGUAUUUAGUGAUAACUUUCAAACAGGUGAAUGUUAUUCCUGCGUCCUAUUUGGAUAAAUACAAGUGUCUUUAGUGUUCAAGUUAUCUUUAUUGAAGCGUAUCUUGAUCCAUGAAAUGGCCAGACUUGACAUUGUAGAUGUAGCCUAUGCUGUAUCAAAGAAAUAAAACAAAUCCAAUCAUAGCUUAAAAAAUAGAGAAGACCAUGUUGCUAACUUUAUCUGCGCUAUUGACAGUGUGCUGACAUUUGACUGGUUCUGUCAAUUGCUGUCUAUAGCUCUCCCAGCCUUGGCCCCUGCACGUGGCAUGCAGCAGCGCCCGGGCGAGGGGAGGGGGUUAUAUUUGUAACAGGGACAGCCUGCGCUCUGCGCUCGCCGUAAAUGGGCUUCCACGCUCUCUGCUGCAGCGGCGCACAAAUGCCCAGUCCCUGCUGUUGUUAGCGACCAUAGCCGGUCCCCUACGAUUCGAGUACAUCCGUGCAAUGAGCUCAAAGGAAUGACUCGUCUGUCUUGACAGCCUGCUGAUUGGAAGAAGACAUUCCCAAUGCCAACAACGGAGGUGCUGAUUGGUUCUACAUGCCAACUUUGGACCUUUUUGACCAUUUAUCUCUGAUAGCUGAGAAGUGACGUAGGAGGGAAUCUCUUGAGGUUUGAGUCAUCAAUGCCCUGGUCAUUGUUAAAGGAGGCCUACUGAGACAGACAGGGAGAGGAACAGACAGGGAGAGGAACAGGCAGCAUGGACACCAUAGAGAACCCCGCCUUGGAGCCCAGAUCGGAGCGGAUCGCCCGCUACAAGGCCGAGAGGAGACGGGAGCUACAAGAACGCUACGGCGACAUGGAGGAGCUCCCAUCCAAGUGGGUGAGGAGGGAUGGGACUCGCAUGAACUCAGACGGCGCACCUCCCUCCACAGACAGGAUCCUCUCUGGGGGGGUGAACGGCAGAGCGGCGGGGCCGGAGGGGGGCAGGAGGGAGAGCAACACCCCUCUGGAGUCAGAACCGAGGAGAGUCUCCAACGGCUUUGAGGCAGACACUGCUGCAGACCCAACACACCUCCGAAGGCAGUGUUCUUCUGGCUCUGCCGGCAUGUUGAGUGGGGGGGAGCCCCUAGCUCCCCCAGGCCCCCCUGGACCCGACGCGGCCCAGCUGCAAACGCGGGUGUCGGUGGGCCAGUUGAGGAGUGCCCUGCUGCAGCAGACCGGGACUGGAACACAGCCUGAGAAAGUUCCUGACAGUGGCCGUGCGGCCUCUUCCCUUGACCUAGCUGUAAAGCCGGGCUCAGAGGGGGGACGGCGGCGCACCCGUCGCUACCACCCUGGGGUGUCAGGUGGGGGCCGCAAAACCAACGAGCGCUUCAGGACACAGCCGAUCACAGCCUGUGAGGUGCAGGAGAGCGGCGGGCUGCUAGAAGAGGAGAAUGCUAAAGAUGUGAAGACAGAUGACAGAGCCAAGAUGAGUGUGGCGGCCAAGAUGUCUUUGUUUAAAGAGCUAGAGAAGACAGCAGCCCCCGAGGCCUCCUCCUUUCUGAAGCCUCGCUCUGGCAGCGCCACGUAUGAACGCAGAGUACGCCGCGGCAAUGAGCACCGCUCACUCACUCAGCCAAUUACCUGUGAGGAGAUGGUGGUGGCCACCGGCAGCACCCCCCAGCCAGUGGAGUCAGGCGAGGCCCAGGCUGUGCAGGCCGAGGCCGAGGCGGUGGAGGACGAUGUGAACAGUAAGCUGACUAUGAGUGAGAAGCUGGCUCUGUUCAACAAGCUGUCCCUGCCAGGGAACCAGGGGGAUGCCGCUCCCCAUGCCCCCCCAGAGAGACGCAGGCAGAAGGGGGCACGCUACCGCACACAGCCCAUCACCGUGGAGGAGGUCAGCCUGCUCCAGAAAGGCCCCAUCCAGCUGCCCCCGCUGCGCCUGUCCCCCACCCUCUCCGACCGGCAGCAGGAGCAGUCCGUCAACCUGAGGCCCAGUGAGGUGCGUCAGGCCCAGCCUCGACCCGGGGCCGACGUGGAGCCUAACACAGGACCUGACCCGUCCCAGCAGGGCCUGCAGCAGCGCAGGGACUCUGAGCCAGGAGAGAUCAGAGGCAUCCUGAGGAAGAGCCCCUCUGCAGGACCAGAAUGGGACCGAGACGGAGACAUUAUGAGGGAGGGCAGACAGCAGGACCAGAAUGGAGGAGGGGAGAGGGGGAAUGGGGUGGAGGAGAGGAGGGCAGAGAGACAUGAUAAUGUACCAGUGCCUCGUAGAGAGAGACCAGCCUCCUCUGCCCCCUGGAGACAGAGGAACAGGAGGGAGACGGUGGCCGUGUGUGCCUCAGACAGGCCAUCCUCAGAGCAGGGUCACCCCCAGGAGGAGAGGCAGAUGGACCGCCCUGGGAACACCUCUGGGAGAGACAGGUUGUCAGAUGCUUCCAGGGAGGAGGAAGAGGAGGAGAGGGGGAGCAGGGUGAGGAGAGACACCCCUCCUAGACAACACGUCCAGGUGACCUUGGCGGACCAGAGGAAGGAAGACAGUGAGAUCUCCCAUGAUGCACCAGCUGUCAACCCUCAGUGCUGGGAUCCUGUCUUUUCCUCUGUCUAUUCCAACAGUACACCUCAAUAUGUCAUGUGUUACAAUCAGACCAGCUCUUCCUUUGAGGCCCAGGAGGUAUCCUCUCCUACCCAGACCCUCUCUCAGCCCCAAUGGAGACAGAAGCACGCUAGACCAGUCGAAGAGGAGGAGCUGCCACAGGCGUCGGUGGCUGAGCGCAUGAGAACCCUACAGGAGAGCGAGGAGCAGUGGAAGCCCAGAGGGAGAGGGGCCGCCAACGACUCAGCCCAGUACACUGUGGUCGGACGCAUGGCGAAAAGAGGUUUGGUGUCCCCUGUAUCGGACAUAGACGAGACCCCUCCAUCUCACACCAAGAGACCCUCCACAGGAGCCACAGCAACAGCAUGCCCAUAUGAAGAGAUCUCCAGUCACCCUGGGAUGGAGGUGGAAGAGGACACAAAGCUGGACAAACUGGAUUCCAUUGUGGACAGGCUGAAUACCGCUCCCCAGGACAUGCCCCUGGAGGUGACCUCGGGGAGGGUGAAGGAGGACAUGACCCCUGAUGACCAGAAGACGUGUGGUGGUUUCUACAGGGAGGUGUCGCCCCCCUCACCCUCUGCCCUCCCUGCUGGGGCUGGAGCUGCCACUGGAACUGACCCGGAACAGGACCUCAGUGCCCUCUGCCAGACCAACACACCCAUGCUGACAUCAGAAGUAGCGCAGCACAGGCGGUCGGUGCGUCCGUCCCGUAGGACCCAGGGCUCCCGGAACCCUCUGCGUGCUCUGGCGGCCCGCGAUGACAUCAGGCAGGACUUCAUGGGAGAGAGAGUCACCAUGGCUACCGUGAACACUAACAGGACACAAGUGGAGAAGAUGGGCAAGAAUUCCAACAUGGCUGACUCAACUCUAGCAGGUCUGGCCAGUACAGAGGACUUCAGUAACGUCGAUCUGCGCGAUGUCACUUCCACAGAGUCAGAGUCAAUGACAAACAACAACAACCUGCCCAUCAGCAACCUCAUGCUCAUUCACAUCAAAGGUUGGCAUCAUGUGCAAGUGCGUCUGGUGGAGCCCACAGCCAGGUCUCUGAACAGUGGAGACUGCUUCCUGCUGGUCACACCCACUCACUGCAUCCUCUGGAGCGGAGAGUUCGCCAACACCACAGAGAAAGCCAAGGCGUCAGAGCUGGCAUUGUUGAUCCAGACCCAGGGGGAUCUGGGCUGCCGGGCCUGUGGGGUCAUCCACCUAGAGGAGGGGGUCAAUACUGACAACAGCCUGGCCUCUGACUUCUGGAACCUUCUGGGAGGAAAGACACAAUACAGAGGGGCGGGAGCCCCAGAAGAGGAUGAGCUGUAUGAGAGUGGGGUGGUGGAGUCUAACUGUUUGUACAGGCUGGUGGAGAACAGACUGGUACCUCAUGAGCAGGCCUGGGCAGCCAUCCCCACUGUCUCCCUACUGGGAUCCACUGAGGCCUUGGUGUUUGACUUUGGCAGCGAGGUGUACCUGUGGCAUGGGAAGGAUGUUGCCCCUGGCGACAGGAGUGUGGCUGUACAGCUGGCCCAGCAGGUGUGGGGCGGUCCCUACGACUACAGCAACUGUAGGGUCAACCCACUGGACCCCACACACUGCAACCCCAGCAUACAGCCGCAAGGUGAAAGACGGCCCGGCUGGGCUCUGUUUGGCUGUGUCUCUGAGCACAAGGAGACAGCCCUCUUCAGGGAGAAGUUUCUGUACUGGGCUGGAGAUAAGGAGGAGACCGCUGCAAUGGUGGUGGAGGAGGCACAGACUGCCAUGCCAGUGUGGCCCCAGCAGAGCCCCCUGCCCCAGCAGCCCCAGCAGCAGUUAGAGUCUGUGUCUCUGUGUGCGUGUGAUGCCAAGGCGCUGGUGGCAGGGCAGGGGGUGGCACUGCCAGGGGACGGGGUGGUCCCUACAGUCCUGGAGGGGUUGGACGUUCAGAGGGGGCAUGGUGUCGUACCCCUGGAGGACGGGCGGCAGGUGGAGCUGAGCACUGUUGCCGUGGAUACCUGGCACAUUCAGGAGUUUGAGGACAGCGAGGCCCAGCUGGAGAGCUCAGGGCAGCUGCAUGAAGGAGACACAUACCUGGUCCGCUGGACCUAUACUCUCAGCCCAGCGGAUCAAAGCGGGGAGCCUGGGAGGGAGUGCUCUGCUGUCUUCAUCUGGCAGGGCCGGCACUCCAGUAUCAAUGGGCGAGGCGCGUCUGCACUCACGAGUCAUGAGGGAACACAGGUGAUGGUGCCGCAGGGGCGGGAGCCUCCGUGUUUCCUUCAGCUUUUCCAGGGAGGUCUGGUCAUCCACAAAGGCUGCCGAGCGGACACCACCAACAACACAGGGGUCUGGCGUCUGUUCUGUGUGCGUGGGGAGCUGCCUGAGGAGGCCAGUCUGUUGGAGGUGGACUGUAGCUGUGGCGGCCUGCGCUCCCGAGGUUCUCUCAUACUGCUCAACAGUCAACAGGGGGCGCUCUACCUGUGGCAUGGCUGUAAGGCCCACGCCAGCUCCCGGGAGGCAGGCAAGAGGGCUGUGGAGCGACUCACUCAGAUGUGCCCUCCUGAACUGGGCCUCAGCAGUGAUAGCCCUUCGAGGGUGCAGGAAGUGGAGGAAGGGGCGGAGCCUGUGGAGUUUGGGAACGCUAUUGGGCAGCAGGACAGGAAGGCCUAUGACUGCAUGCUACAAGAUCCAGGGAAGUAUAACUUCACGCCACGCCUCUUCCAUCUGAGCACCCGUUCCGGAACCUUCCAGGGGGAGGAGCUGCAGAGCCCUGCCCGGUUGCCAGGGGUUGUCAUGGCAAUGCCCUUUGUCCAGGAGAGCCUGUACUUUGUGCCACAGCCAGCCCUGUUCCUGCUGGAUAACUGUAUGGAGCUGUAUCUGUGGCAGGCAGGUGAGCCUGAGGGCAGUGAGACCGCUGGCUCAGCCUGUAUCCGCUGGGCUAACGAGAGGAGGUGUGCCAUGCAGACAGUGCUCCAGUACUGCAAAGAGAGGAACCCGAGGCGCCCCCUUCAGGCCUACCUCAUCCAGGACGGAGCAGAACCCCUCACCUUCACCAACGUUUUCCCCCGCUGGGAGAAGAGACCCACACCCACCACACAGGGGGAGGCCGGGCGGGUCAAGCUGACCUUGGUGAAGGACGCCCUGGCCCAGCUCAGUAAGACCCAGUACCCCCUAGAGGAGCUGCUGCAGACACCUCUGCCAGAGGGAGUGGACCCCCAGCGCCUGGAGAUAUACCUCUCCGACCACGACUUCCAGACUAUUUUGGAGAUGAAGAGAGAUGAGUAUGACUCCCUCCCAAACUGGAAACAAAUCAGCCUGAAAAAAAGCAAAGGACUCUAUUGAAAACCCAAAGAAACACAAAAAAGAUCCCAUUUAUGUCAACAUAUCCUGAGAUUUUUGUUGUUGUUGUAUUUUCUACUAUUAAGAGAAUUAUAUUUUCCUGUCGGGAUGACAAUUGCGUACAGUGUUUUCUUAGUAGCUGUUUUUAAGUUGUAUCUGUGUGUCUUCUUUAAGUAUGGUGCUUUAGGGCCUUAUUCGUUCUCAGCCAAUCGCUCUCGCUUGCAGAGAGACAGGACUGCCUAUACCUUCAAACAGAAGGACAACCAUCCUGAUCCCCAAUCAAUCAACUGGAUCCAUUUUCUUAUUCCUAGAGCUUACAUGAGUGUGUGGUUCUCUUACCGACUGUGGAUUCCCUCAGAAAUGUUAACCAAAAAGUAGAAGAAACAGCAUUUCACAUUUUCCUACGAAACUUUUAAUUUACCUGUACAAAUCAAGGAAGGAAACAAAGUGAAAGUUGAAAAAGAAGAGGGAUAAGGAAACAUCACGAACGGUGGGUGAGGAGAGGACACAGGAGUGGUUACAUACAAAAGCAAUCAAUUGUAAUAAACAACGGAAACCAGGAAAAUAAA